AGCGCUGGGGUCAAAGGUCAACACAAGGGAAUGUGAGCGGCUCAAAACUGAAUGUGUCUAACUGAAAUUAGAAAUGAUCUUCCUCCACACACACACACACACACACACACUCUCUCUCUCUCUCUCUCUUAAGGAUACAGCUAUCAGUCGCCAUGACAACAGACACAAAAGAACAACCUCUGCUCAGCAGCUGUUACCACGGCAACACCCUCAGACAACAGCAUCAGCACCAAUGUGACAAACCUUCGACAGAUUCAUUUCAUCCACACAUAUAAUGACACUUACUGAAGAACAAACCCUGCAGGUCACGUGACACACCGCAUCACUGACGUCAGAGCGGAUAAUAAACAGCUGCAUCCAUCCUAAUGUCCUCACAGUGAAAGUAAAACACAUCGUUGGCUUUAUAAACAUGCUAAAUAAUGUAUUCAUGAAAACGUAAUGCAGAGGAGGUUAAUAAAUAUUUAAUGUAUAAGUGAAUAUCAUUGGCUCGGUACGAAAACAAAACAACAAAUCAGUGUUUUAUAUGAGCCCCACCGGGACAAUAAAACAAACAGUUCGUGGCUCAUAUGAAUAAUUCAUGAGCACAAUCAAACCGCCGCGUCACGGAUUUACAUACAGGGAUCUGGUCUGAGUGCGCGCGCGUCCGCGGGUCUGAUGAUGAGAGUGCGCGCGCGCGCGCUCGUUCGUGUAUCUGCUCGUCUCUGGAGAUGAGAGUGGAUGCUGUGAUUGAUUUGUCAAUCUGAGAAAACGUAAAGAAACGCGUUGAUGAGGAGAAACGACGCGGAUUCAUGAUGGAGGGAAUAAACGAUCCGAGGAGAAGAAGAAGAAGAAACAGCUUCAGACUCUGAGCUUUGAUCCGACACACAGAGGCAGAUGGUGUACUUCCUGUCCAUGGAGGGCGUAAAGCCUUCGUUCCACUCCGCUGUCCUCUUCAACUACUCAGACAGGAACGAUUCCUCCACACCGCCGUCCGGAUCACCAACGCCGCUCAUCUGUCGUCUGGACGCCUCCUCGUCCGCCGCUUCCCUCCAGGGCAACGGCUCGCUGACCUCUUACGACCUGACCCCGGCGGAGGUCACGCUCCUCGGGCUCGUCUUCGGGGUGUUCUGGGUGAUAUCGGUUCUGGGAAACUCGCUGGUGUGUCUGGUGAUCCAUCGGAGCCGCAGAACUCAGUCGACGACCAACUACUUUGUGGUGUCCAUGGCGUGCGCGGACCUGCUGCUGAGUCUGGCCUGCGCGCCGCUGGUUCUGCUGCAGGUGUCGGCGGGUCACUGGCCUCUGACCGCGGCCGCGUGCAAAGCCGUGCGCUAUCUGCAGCAUCUGUGCCCCGGCGUCCAGGUCUACGUGCUUCUGUCCAUCUGCGUGGACCGGUUCUACACCAUCGUGUACCCGCUGAGCUUUAAAGUGUCCCGCGAGAAGGCCAAGCGGAUGAUUCUGGCAUCCUGGCUCUUCGACGCGGCCUUCGUGUCACCGUGCUUGUUCUUCUACGGAUCCUCCACGUCUCGAAACCACUGCGACUUCUUCCUAGCGGACAGCUGGGACGGGUUGGCGUACGCGGUCACGCACUUGCUCUUCGGGUUUUUGGUGCCGGCGCUGCUCAUCGUGUCCUUCUAUCAGAGGGUGGUGCGGUACAUCUGGAGGAUCGGCGCCGACGGACGAACGGUGCGCCGGACCAUGAACAUCGUCCCCAGGACUAAAGUCAAAACCAUAAAGAUGUUCCUGAUGCUCAACGGCAUGUUUCUGCUCACCUGGACGCCGUUUUACGUAGCACAGCUGUGGCACCCAAAGGAGGCGUCGGGCUCCGGCAGACAGGGGGCGCUGUUCUUCAUCGCCGUGGCUUGGAUCUCCUUCAGCUCCACAGCGUCCAAACCCACGCUCUACUCCGUGUACAACGCCAACUUCAGGCGCGGCAUGAGAGAGACGUUCUGCAUGUCGUCCAUGAAGUGUUACCGCAGUAACGCCUACACCAUCACCGCCAGCUCGCGGAUUGCGAAAAAGAACUACGUGGGCGUGGUCGAUCUGCCAGUGCCGGCAAAGACCCUCAUCAAAGACUCGGUUUACGACACUUUUGACCGAGAAGCAAAGGAGAAGAAAUUAGCAUGGCCUAUUAGCGCUAACCCACCCAACACUUUUGUAUAAAGUCUCUCGGCUGUCGUAAAGCAACGGUUCACUCAGAAAUUAACGUCACCUCGGUAUAAACCCAGUGCUGUUUCUCAAAAAGCCUGUGGAACGACAUCCUAGCUAACAAAACUAUAUCCUAAGAACGUUUAAAAAUCAUACGUUUUAAAAACGCUCUGCGAACGUUAAGGAAACAUUCCAUUUUAUUCUUCAGACAUUUUGGAAACGUUCUGAAACAAGUUGUAACAUUUAAAAAACGUUAGACGAACUUCCAACUAAAAUGUUUCAGAUAAAAACUUUACUUUUUUUGUACUUUUUGAGAACAUUAUUAAAGACCAGAUAACUUUGAACGAAUGUUAGAUUAACGUUACUGGAAGAACAUUUGUUUGUAACGUUGAGAGAACCUUGUCAGAACGUUCUGAGAAUGUUUCCUGUUAGCUGGGGUGCGGGUGAGUAAACAAAACCAAAUUUGGAGUGAACUGUUGCUUUAACUGCACCACGAUCACUGAAGGUGCGAUCACAGCGAUAUUUCAGGCGAAAAAAGGUACAAUGUCUCUUGUCUAAAGUCUAGAGACACUUUCAAAACAAGCCGCUUUCUGUUGGUCAGCACAGCGGAUUAGAUGAAAAUAUUAGCAAAACUAUUCCUAUUGGAAUAACUGGAUUUCGUCUGGGAAAUCAGCAGUAAAUGUGAGCGCACCUUAAUUAAAACUAAAUCUGUUGAAAUGCAAAAACGUGGUGCUAACUGUGAGUUCUACAAACCGCUGACUGACCCAAUGAAAGGCAGCGUUUGACCGUCACAUGUUCUUCUGUUUGUGUUUCUGGUCAGUCUGUGAUCCUACAGGAUUCAUGUUAAUCUUCGGAAGAUGCGUUUGUGUUUUUUGUGCCUGUAGUUACAGAUAAACUUUGUCUCAUAGUUUUGUGUGUCGUUUCAUGAUGCAAGACAGACGCGUCCCUGUGAUUUUACAAUUAAACGUUCUGUACGAUUCAAACGAAA